AUCAAUGAUCAGCAGGGUUGCAUUGGAUGAUGAUUUGUAUAAAUCAGCCAUGGCCUUCAUGACUGAUUUGAUCAAAAAGUGUGAAGCCCUAUCGAUUACUGAACCUGCUGGAACAAGCACAUCUUCUAACGGUGACAAUGAUGUACCGGUCCAAAAAGUGAAGGGGUUUAAGCCUAAAAAAGAUUCAUUCAAGCCUUCGAAACGACCAAUUCCAGCUGCGGAGGCUGCAAGGGCUGUAAGCAAGAAGAAG